CACAAGAUUUCACCUUAACAUGAAGCUUGACCCCUCGCUGUGAUACGUCCUCAAGGCCGCGCCCAUCGCACGGCCCGAACGGUCCGAAAGGACACGUAUGUGGGGAAACCCGAGGCCUAGGUUUGAGUUUGCGACAAAACCCGAGAAAUGUACCGCCAUUGGGAAGUGAUGGACAUUAGAGUUUGUUAAAGUUUAAGGUUGCACCAAUGGAGAGAACUCUGCUGUCAGAACCACAGUUGGUGAGUGCAAUGAAGAGGAAGAGGGGGGUUACCUCGCACCCCGCACUUCAUUUCCCACACCCCAGGCGAAAGUACCCGACAUCUCCACCCCUUCAAUUGCAAGUUCCCACCACCUCCCAAUGCCCGACUCCAAGAAGAUCUACAAAAUCGCUCUUCUCCCCGGCGACGGGAUCGGUCCCGAAGUCAUCGACGCCGGUGUGUCGUGCCUCAGGGCCCUAACCUCCCUUCCCUCCUCCGCCUUUACGCUCGAUUUCACGGACUUGGAUUGGUCAUCUGCGCAAUACAAGAAGACUGGGGAAUUCAUGCCUAAAGAUGGUAUCGAGACCCUCAAAAGUUUCGACGCGAUUUAUUUUGGGAGUGUAGGGGAUAAGGACGUAGAGGACCACAUCUCACUCUGGGGCCUAAUCCUGCCGAUUCGGAAGGAGAUGCAACAAUGGGUCAAUGUCCGUCCGGUCCGGAUUUUGCCUGGGACGAGAAGUCCGUUGGCGGGGGUGGAGGAGAUCGAUUGGGUUAUCGUGAGGGAGAAUUCAGAGGGGGAAUAUGCCGGACAAGGCGGUAUCACGCAUCCGAAUUCAUCGCUUGAAGUCGGGACUGAAGUCGCGAUUUUCACGCGUGGGGGGAUUGAGCGACUCAUGCAUUUCGCAUUCAAAACUGCUGCUGCCCGGGAUGGACGCCUAACCCUCGUGACGAAAUCGAAUGCGAUGAGGUAUGGGAUGGUACUCUGGGAUCGUAUCGCCUACGAAGUCGCGAAAGAAUACCCGGAUGUUACCAUGGACAAGAUGUUGGUGGACGCGAUGACGGUUAGGAUGGUCAACGCGCCGGACUCGCUCUCUACGAUCGUUGCCACCAACCUCCAUGCGGAUAUUUUGUCGGAUCUUGCGGCGGCGCUGGCGGGGUCGAUUGGGAUUGCGCCGAGUUCGAAUUUGAAUCCGGAGAGGAGGUGGCCGAGUAUGUUUGAGCCGAUUCAUGGGAGUGCGUUUGAUCUUGUGGGGAAGGAUGCGGCGAACCCGGUAGGAGCGAUUUGGAGUGCGGCGGAGAUGUUGGGGUUUUUGGGUGAGGAAGAGGCGAAGAAGAAGGUCAUGGAGGCUGUUGAGAGGGUCGGCGAUAAGGGGAUCAAGACGAGGGAUCUGGGCGGGGAGAGCAAGUGCAGUGAGGUUGUUGCUGCGAUUGUGGAGGAGAUUCAGAGGGCGGGAUAGCCCUAAGUUCUUCAACCAGUAUUGUUAUGUCGUGCCUGUGCCUGUGCCUGUGCCUGUGCCUGUGACUUUUGGGUGUGCACAGUAC